CUUGCCUCCCUAGCCGCAGAGUCGGGGUCUAGACGCGUUCGCUCACAGCGGCGAUCGCGAUGGAGGCGUCACGCUGCCGACUGGACCCCUGCGAGGACAGUGCCUUUGAAGAUGAGACCUUGAAGCUUCGACAGCUGAAACUAGACAAUCAGCGAGCACUGCUAGAGAAGAAGCAGAGAAAAAAGCGCCUGGAGCCACUCAUGGUACAGCCAAAUCCGGAAGCCAGGCUGCGUCGAUCAAAGCCAAGAGGUAGUGAGGAGCAAACUCCUUUGGUGGAACCUCAUGCCCCACACAGCAAUGUCAUCCUACAUGGUGUGUGUUUAGGCAACAUUUCCUCCUUUGCAGGCAUUGAUGGUCCAGCUGCCUUCCCGAGGCCAGAUGCUCAAGAUUUGGAAACAAAACUUCACGUUCUCUCGGUAGGCCCUUCUGCUGCAGAAGAGAGUACUGAGAGCAGUGCUGGUGGGGAAAGCACUUUGGAUACUGCCUCCAAGCCAGAUCUUCAGGAGAUUCUCCAGAAACAUGGUAUCUCAGGUAGUUUGAACUUUGAUGAGGAGGAAACUGAUGGGGAGGAAGAAGAAGGAAAACAAUUAAGAUCUCAUUCACUACAUUCGGAGGCAGAGAGACCCAAUUCUGCAUCCAGUCAGAAGUCCACCACAGACCCAGGAGCGUCCCGUACUGCAGCCCAACAAGCUGAUAACCAGCUGGGAGAAGUGGAGAAUUUAGAGGACUUUGCAUAUAGUCCUGCCCCUCGCGGUAUCACAGUCAGGUGUCGCAUUACCAGGGAUAAGAAAGGAAUGGAUCGGGGUCUGUUCCCCACUUAUUACAUGCACUUGGAAAAGGAUGAAAAUCGGAAGGUAUUUCUUCUUGCAGGUAGAAAGCGGAAAAAAAGCAAAACAUCGAACUACCUUAUCUCCACUGAUCCAACAGAUUUAUCUCGUGAAGGGGAGAGUUACAUUGGCAAACUCAGAUCUAAUCUCAUGGGGACCAAGUUUACAGUCUACGACCAUGGCGUCAGCCCAGCCAAGGCCCAGGGUCUGGUAGAAAAGGCCUACACCCGGCAGGAGCUGGCGGCCGUCUGCUACGAAACAAAUGUACUUGGAUUUAAAGGUCCUAGGAAAAUGUCUGUGAUCAUUCCAGGGAUGAAUAUGAAUCAUCAACGGAUCCCAUUUCAGCCACGCAAUGACCAUGAGAGCUUGCUUUCAAAAUGGCAAAACAAAACCAUGGAGAACUUGAUUGAACUGCACAACAAGGCCCCUGUCUGGAAUGAUGACACUCAGUCCUAUGUCCUGAACUUCCAUGGCCGGGUCACCCAGGCAUCUGUGAAAAAUUUUCAGAUAGUCCACGAAAAUGACCCUGAAUAUAUAGUCAUGCAGUUCGGACGUGUGGCAGAUGAUGUGUUCACACUGGACUACAACUACCCACUGUGUGCACUCCAAGCCUUUGCCAUCGGGCUUUCUAGCUUUGACAGCAAGUUGGCAUGUGAAUGAGACAAGCAAGCCCCGGGCUCCUCACUGCAGGGCUUGCAGGGCAGAGAUGCUUCCCUUGCUCCUGUCCCGGGACAUGAAGAGCAACAGCCUGCCCCUUUGGGAGUGAUCCCUGAGGGUCUGUCUGUAUAUGUGUAUCUACACGUGUGUAUGUGUGCACACAUAUGUAUAUGUGCAUGUAUAUAUACAUAUGUGUGUAUAUGUGUACACACAUACACACCCCACUUCUCUGGGGCUCACAGACCUGGUCAGGAAUCACAGAUUAUCAUGGGUGAGAGACUGUUCAGAGGGCAGAGAGGUUCUUGUCCAGAGCACAUCGGUGACUCCUGCGGUUUUUGCCUUGCAGAUUCAGUGCCUUGGGUCAGAUUUCCUAUGCCUGGAACCGUGCAGCUAGAAUCAGGUUCUAAUGAUUAAAGACUUGGGUCUCUUUUCUUGAAGACCUUUUCAGAGAGGGACAGUUCCCUAAAUGGCCUUUAGUCUCUAGGUCUGUGAACUUCCCCUUUAAAUGGCCAAAUAGUCUCUCUCACAACUGCUCUGUUGUGCAAAGGCAGUCAUGGCCAAUUCAUGGAAGAAUGCACAUGUCUGUGUUCCAGUGAGAUUUUAUUUACAAAAACAGGCAGCUGGCCAGCUCUGCCUGGGGCCAUAGUGUUCCGACCCCUGCUUCAGCUGCGUCUCUGUAAUCUCUAGGCUUGGGCAUCUUCCAAACUGGGCCUAUGGUCAGGAGACUGGAUGAGAGGGAAGCCGCUGUCUCUAGGAAGCAGCAGCCCUACGGGGUGGGUCCAGAGAGGUCCUGGGCUACAUCCACAUACCUUACCCUGUUUUGAUGAUGGUUUCUGGGGCAUCAUUUACCAUCAGAACUGAGAAAACUCAGAGCCAGUGAGCAUUUUGAGUCCACACAGGUGGUUAAUUCUGCUGCCCUGCCCAGCCUGCCCAGGGGAGGAGGCGGUGUCAGCCACUUGACCCAGCCUCAGAGAAGAGCCCAUACCCACUAGGAAAUGAAUCGAGAAUUGUGUUGUCUUUAUCAGAGGGGGGGUGGCAUUUGUCUCUUAGCACCAGCUUGUCUCCACGGGGGGCUUGGAAAGUCCUGACUGUCACUGCCCCUCUUCCCUUCCCUCCCGUGGAGCAGGUUGGCUGGCUUCACUGAAGACUCUAUGGCCAAAUUAACGAUCAGUGAUGUGAGAAUUUAUAUAAUUGUCUAAAUUCAGUGUAGGCUGAAAGCAUAAACCCUGGAGGUGACUUAGUCUAGUUAAGACUGGGAGUUGACAGUUGCCUUCAUUUUCAACCCGAGUGCCUCCCACAGUUACACUACUGUGGAGCCAUGGGGAGGGACCCACACAUCUGUAGACCACGUAUGAGGUGAGAGAACAUACGUCGAAGCCUGUUGUUGUUUUCAGGAGAGGUGGUGGGAGAGGCUGUGGGGAAGACAGCCGGCUGACUUUGGGCUCUGCAGACCUUGUUGGGCAGAGCUUCAGGCCUUUCUUCUGAACAUAAAUAUCAGUUCCCCACAGCCUCGUUCACUGGUACAGAUCGUGCCCUGUUGCUUUUCUUCACAGAUCGUAAGAUUUUUGCCAAGUGUUUGAGAUAAUUAGCACCUCCCGACAAGUCAUAUGACUCUGCUUGUUACCAGCUCACCAGCCUCAGAGUGCAGCUGAAUCUUGACAGUCCAGGAACUUAGUGAGUUCUCUGUUCGUGUUGUUAUCCCGAGCCUUGUUUGCCGAGCCAUUUGGCAGCAUGGAGCCAGGAGUCCACGGUGGCCCUUCCUCUGCAUUUCCCCUCCGUGCACAUCCUCUGUGUCCCUGCCUCCAGUCCCUUGCUGCUCAUCAAACAGCAAUGUGAAGGAAAGAGACCCAGGAGGUGAGAAGACUUCACUCCUCCCCUUGGCAAGUCCCAUCUGUGUUGUUCAUCAGGCAAGCUGCCCAUCAAGUGCCUCGUUCCUAGAAGUGCCCCAGAACCCUCCAGGCCUUGGCACCUGUCCUCAUGUAAGGACGGCUCCACCCUGGCUGACAACAGAAAGCCGUCCACUCCUCUGCAGCCGGGCUGUGUGACAACACCUGGGGAUGGGAAGCCUGGUGGGAGGCCUGGCCCACCCUGCUUCCUGCUCACUGUGGCUCAAAGACAUACAUAUACCCCAGCUUCAUGUACUUUUUCUGCUUGAGUAUGCAGAUGAUUGGUUUUACAUAAAUCAUAUUUAUACCUUUUGUAUACUACAGAAAUAAAAGAUAAUUUAUGUAAAAAU